UCUACUUUAGAUAGCAACACAUUAUGGCUAUCUAGUGGCACUCGGUACAUCUUUUGCCACUGGCUAGAGAUGUACCGCUGCCGUUUUUCUUUAUGCACGUCUGCUGGUCGUUUUGCAUACACACUUCUUCCUAGGAGGCUGGGAUCUGCUGGUAUAGCAACGGCUUCUUCAGACCAAGAGUACCUAGAAAGAUGGAAGUUGCUUUACCAGUACACUAAACGGCUUGCUAGGAACAAGGUUGACCUCACGGGUACCAAGUGUGCUAUACUGCUCUUCAGUAUACACCAGGUUCUACUGGACCAGAGCGUGAUUCGCGGUUACUCAAAAGGGGACAGGGUGACUUAUUUAUGGGACCCUCGUACCCAUACAGGCAACGUAGUCAGUGAGUUACCAUCUUCUCUACGCCAUGGACCUGAUGUCGCUUUAAUAGACACCAAGGAAUUGAUACGUUACUUUCGUUUUAUGGCUAUCCUGAGGCCGUAUUAUACCUUAUCAUGUGUAAAAAAGGAUAUAUGUCUUGACCGGAGGCAUAUGGAUACACCAGAGGAGCGCCCUGUGGAGUUGAAACAACCUGGUUUACCAAAGGAUCAAGGGGACUUGUACUCUUCAGUGUUUACUAACUUGCUAGCUGAUAACACAUUACCCAGUCGUCCACAAUAUCGCACUAGUACAAAAUCGCAAAUCGGACCCCUGCGAAUAUCUUCGGAUGACAUUAUAGUCUAUCCCAGGCAGUUUACGGAGCCACUGUACAUUGACGUGGGAUUGGAGCCCUUGGACAACUGUAACCACGUUACUUCACAUGAUACUAUAUACUUAGUAGAAAAGUGCCUAGAGGAGCUACUGACCAUGUUAUUAGUUUUACUUCAGGACCAUAACACAGUGAGUGCACGAUGCGUGGUUCCCAUGUUUGUGGUCACGAUGCUAUAUGGCCCGAAGAUGCAAGUAAGGCACAAGGGGGGUAUAUUAGAGUCAUACAAGCAAUUUCACAGCGGGGUGUUGCACUCGGUCAUUGCCGAUAACGUCACGGACCUGUCCUACAGGAGCAUUGCAUACCUCAUGAACUCCUGUUUAAAUUUAAAUGACAUGAAACUACUUUGCCGUAUUGCUACCUCGAAAUUACAGGGGUCUGCAUAUAUCCCUCUAGAGUGGUUGGAGAACAUAUGCUAUGCAUGUUCUAGGGCUUACUAUGAUGCUGAUGACAUAUACCACGCUGCAUCUAAGCACAUAGCUAUUCAUGGUCAUGGCGGGAGUGCUGCCGCAUGCUUGAAUUUACUGUGGAGCUUUUCGCGCGUAGGCAAGGCUCAUAUGGUGGAAUCGAUUUUAGUCCCUCGCAUUUGCGAGUUCAGUGCAGGCGAGUUGCGCUCUCUUAGUCCUGGAUUGCGCCUUCGUGCUGCGGCAUCUCUGAAGGAGUACUUACCAGCUCACUUAAUGGCCACUCUUACUGCAGAUUGAAUACCAGU